UGUCAAUUCAUGAGCGCUUCUCUGGAGAGUGGCCGAGGAAGAGAAGGAUUUUUUUCCUGAGUUGAGGAGGAGAAGGGAGAAAUAAACGCGUCGACAGGUGGGAGAUGAGUCUGGUCCGGACGCCUGGCCCGUGCGUAAAAUGGAUCCUGCUGCGACGCGCUGAGGGGCUGCUGGCACAGUUGUUGUGAGCGCUUCACCAGAAGAAGAAGAAGAAGAAGAAGACAUUGCAUUGUCCUGUGGAUUUAAAUCCGAACAUAUUGAUAAUUGAUAUCCAACUUCUUUCAAAGGGUCCCCACCACCUGUUGUGGCCAAGUUUCCAACCUCCAAUCAAAGAUGACGGAGAGAACCCCAUGGUGGAAGGCAUUCCUGACAAAGAAGAAGCCAACUGGCCCCAAGGAUGCAAGUGGGCCCCACGUCUUCGGCCCAGACUUUGACCCCUUUGCACAAAAAGAUGGCUCCACAGGUGCCUCCAGGACCACCGGCGACCAGCCCCUGUCCCAGCAGGACUCAGGCAAGAACUCCAGCAUGCUCAGUGACGACACCUACGACGACUCCCGCCUGGAAUCCGUCUUCAACGAGCAGACGUGUCGCAGGAACAUGAAGGUGUCCCGCUCGGGUCGAUUCAAGGAGAAGAGGAGGGUGCGCUCCAGCCUUCCCGUCCAGGAGAAAGAGACACAAGAGCAUGCGGCGUCAGGGAGAGAGGAAAAACGGUGACGGGGAGGAAAAUGAAAGAGAGCGAGAGAGAGAGACUCCUUUGAAAAGAUGCUCGAGGAGAAGGAGAAGGAUCUGAGAACCGUGAAGAUGCUUGGGGCAUUCCAAGAUGUCUGCUGUGUGUUGGUGAUGAAGGAGAAGAUAUACUGCAGGAGUUGGGUUAUGUUGUUAGAGAAAUAAUGAAGAUUUGAUGAAGGACUUGUGCCAGAGGGACACAGAAACAACAACACGUGACAUGAUUGUAUUUGUUAUGAUGGUCACUGAACCAAUUGGCCAACGAUAUCCCCUAAAUCCCCAAAAUGAAGAGGUGCAGUGGUAACGCAGUGAGCACUUAACGUCCCGCAGUGUCUCCGACUCUAUCAGGGGCACUGUCGUCAUUACAGGACAACUCAUAAAACGACCUACAACAAGCACAAUCAUCCAACGUAAUUUACUAAUGAAGUGUGAUAUGCGCCGAGAAAAAUAUUGUUUUAUAAGAUGUUUACAUUAUUUGUGUGAUAAAAAUAAUAUAUGUUAUGACAAUGAAGGAUAAGUAUAAUGGCUCCCUUUCUACCGUGCUUUUACAGAAACAUGAUGAUUCCGAAGGGUUUAGAAGGAUUUUUAUGAAGGUGUAACCGGUCUUUUUUUGAUGAUGUGUGAAAACAAAUCAGCUAAUGUAAGAAAUGCACACUGCCAGCCAAAUGCAUCAAAUAUUUGUAAAUGAAGGAUGAUAUCCAGCAUGUUUUUUUUUAUAACAUAAUGAGCUCUAAUCAAAGUUACUGACAUUGAAGUCAUGUUGUAUCCCGCUGGAGGAGAAAUGCCACCAAGCUACUGAAGUAUGAUCCAGAAACUGACGUAGCUUUGCUACACAGGACGACUGUAUUUUGGAUCGCCUGCGAAAUAAAUCGGGUCACAGCUACAAUCA